AUGGCUUCUAUAGUCGCCUCUAAACCCAAGAUCAAGUUAGAUCGGCUGCUGUACACGCACUACCAGCACCCAAAUUUGCCGGCAGCCCACAAAUUUCUGAUCGACUUUGGUCUCUGCGUCGCUCAGCAGACUCCGAGCAGAAUAGCCUAUCAUGGAUUUGGAGAGAAUCCUUGCAUCUUCAUUGCGGAACAGUCACCUGACGGAUACAAGCAUUUUGCUGGCAGUGGCUGGCUGGUCACGUCACGGGAGGAGCUUGACUCGGCGGUCAAGGCUCACGGUGCCACCCAGGUGCAAACCUCGGACCUGCCGGGCGAAGGUUGCUUCGUCCAGAUGGUCGAUCCCAACGGAAUUCCGCUGCGGUUGUACCACGGUGUAGAGCUGCGCUCGCCAGAAAGCCAGCCUGUAAAGGCCCAAAUGCCCAAGCCGGUGGUGCUGAAUACAUGGAAUGACAAGCCUCGCAAGGGUGAUUUCCAGCGUUUUGACACUGGGCCCACCAAGGUACACAAGCUAGGCCAUUACGGCAUGGUGGUUGACAGCUCUCUAUUUGAGACGACUGUAGACUGGUACCUUGGCAGCUUCAGUCUGGCUCGGACAGAUUCGCUGUAUGACGAAGGAUCUGGUAAAGAUGUGAUGACAUUUAUGCAUCUCGACAAGGGCGAGGAAUUUUCAGAUCACCAUUCCCCCCCAAAUCACGUCGCAAGAAGCUUCGCCCACCAUUCCAGCUUCGAGGCAGAUAACUUCGACUCUCAACUUGUGGGCCACUAUCACUUGCAACAGCAAGGCUGGACCAACUGCUGGGGGGUCGGGCGCCACCUGCUUGGCAGCCAGAUUUUUGAUUACUGGUUCGAUGCAUCUGGCAAUAUUCUCGAGCAUUACUCGGAUGGAGACUUGGUCAACAAUAAGACCCCAUAUGGUAGGGAAGUCGCGGCGCCAGACACAAUGGCAGUUUGGGGCCCCAACGUCUCAGUUGCCUUUCUUACUACACGGAUGGAAGACAUAGCCAAGGGCCCAGCCGGCCAUCCACCUGCGCCGGUGAUGGUAAUAGUCUGA